UAAGUUUAUAAAUCCGUUGCUUACUUUAGCUUGUAGGAAAAUUACCGAGAAUUUAUAUGUUUAUUAGAGUGUUUUUGGUCUUAAAAUCAUACUUUUGUUUUUUAAGUAAACACGAAAAUUGAUUUAAAAAUAUUUUUGUUUAUAAUUCACGCUCUUGAAGGAAAAGAAAAACUUGUUUUAAGGCUCGCAAGAAUGAGUUUUGUAAUAAUAGAAUAAACCAGUAUACGCUACUAAAUCCCAGAAUGGAAAUACAACACAAAAAUAAACCACCAACUAUGGAAAAGAAAAAGAAAGUUUGGUCUAAUGAUGAGACUCUUGGAUUUCUUUACUGUUACUUUGCUCGGAAACACGAAUUUCAACAAAAGGGCUACCAAAAAUGUGCCUAUGAAAAUGUGUUAAAAGACAUGAUUGAUCAGGGAUUCACGAAUUCGUCUACAACGAUCACGGCAUUGCGAUACAGAAUGCGUCACUUACUCGUGUCUUACCGAGAAGUAAUUAAAAACCCACAUAAGCUGGAAAACAAUGCAAAUAUUAUACAUUUGUACAUGAAUGAAAUGGACGCGAUUUUCGGGGGCCAAGAUUUAAUCAACGAUACAGUAGAAGGCGACUCUGAAGAGCUAGAAAAGGUGGAUGCUCCAUUGGUAAUGCCAAUGGUUAAAAUUUGUGUAGAUAGUCCUGUUUUCAAAGUGCAUCCUGUUAACAACAAAUCAACUCACAUUGACAGUUCAUGUGAAGAUUUAUCUCAGAGUUCAUUGUGUUUGAACAAUUUCACAGCAGAAGAACAGCAACUGCAUAUGCAAUUGUGUCCAAAAAUAGAAAUAACAGAAACAGAUGAAGAAACAGCUUUAGAAACAAAAGGAAACUAUUGGUCGAGAGAAAACGUCCUUUUGCUUCUAAAUUGUUACAAUGCUCGAAAAGACGAUUUUAAUAUUAAGGGAAAGAAAAAAUAUGCAUAUGAAAAUCUGUUGAAAGACAUGAUUGAAAAAGGCUUCACGUAUUCAGCUCCAAAUGUGUCCUGUGUGCGAUCCAAACUGCGUAAGUUACUCUCAGAUUACCGAUCAGCGAAAAUGGAUCCAAAAAAAGCAGAAACAAAAGAAAAUAUUAAUAAUUUGUACUUUAAAGAAAUGGAUGCGAUUUUCGGAGAUCAGACAACAAUGAACAAGUCGACUGAAGUUGAUUGUUUUGUAGGAGUUUUUAAGAAAACCCCAGUGGCACCGAAAAUCAAUAUUAAAACCCGCUCCAGAGCCACUAAAACAUCCCAACAGACCAAUUCAACAGAUAAGGAUGAACCUGACAUCUCAUCACAAUCCCAACCAUCGCACCAUUCGAAGAAACCCACCGAUGAGGAUGAACUUCACACUCCUUCACAGCAUUCCGAGAAUAUAGAUAAAGGAACAUCGCUGACUCCAAUAGUUCACCGGUCACCACGGCAAACCACCGAUGAGGAUAAACCUCACAUCCAAUCAAAGCAUUCCCUAAAUAUGGACGAAGGAACACCGCUUAAACCAACAAUUCAUGGGUCACGACGGAAAGCGACCGAUGGUGAUGAUACUCACACUCUAUUACAGCAUUCCGAGAAUAUAGAUAAAGGAACAUUGCUGACUCCAAUAAUUCACGGGUCACCACAAAAAACCUCCGAUGAGGAUAAAUUUUCAGAAGAACAACAACUGCACGUACAAUUGUGCCCAAAAGAAGAAACAACAAAAACAGAAACGAAAGGAAAAUGUUGGUCGAGAGAAGAGACACUUGGGCUUCUAAAGUGUUACUCUGCUCGAAAAGACGAUUUUAAUAUUAAGGGAAAGAAAAAAUAUGCAUAUGAAAAUCUGUUGAAAGACAUGAUUGAAAAAGGCUUCACGUAUUCAGCUCCCAAUGUGUCCUCUGUGCGAUCCAAACUGCGUAAGUUACUCUCAGAUUACCGAUCAGCGAAAAUGGAUCCAAAAAAAGCAGAAACAAAAGAAAAUAUUAAUAAUUUGUACUUUAAAGAAAUGGAUGCGAUUUUCGGAGAUCAGACAACAAUGAACAAGUCGACUGAAGUUGAUUGUUUUGUAGGAGUUUUUAAGAAAACCCCAGUGGCACCGAAAAUCAAUAUUAAAACCCGCUCCAGAGCCACUAAAACAUCCCAACAGACCAAUUCAACAGAUAAGGAUGAACCUGACAUCUCAUCACAAUCCCAACCAUCGCACCAUUCGAAGAAACCCACCGAUGAGGAUGAACUUCACACUCCUUCACAGCAUUCCGAGAAUAUAGAUAAAGGAACAUCGCUGACUCCAAUAGUUCACCGGUCACCACGGCAAACCACCGAUGAGGAUAAACCUCACAUCCAAUCAAAGCAUUCCCUAAAUAUGGACGAAGGAACACCGCUUAAACCAACAAUUCAUGGGUCACGACGGAAAGCGACCGAUGGUGAUGAUACUCACACUCUAUUACAGCAUUCCGAGAAUAUAGAUAAAGGAACAUUGCUGACUCCAAUAAUUCACGGGUCACCACAAAAAACCUCCGAUGAGGAUAAAUUUUCAGAAGAACAACAACUGCACGUACAAUUGUGCCCAAAAGAAGAAACAACAAAAACAGAAACGAAAGGAAAAUGUUGGUCGAGAGAAGAGACACUUGGGCUUCUAAAGUGUUACUCUGCUCGAAAAGACGAUUUUAAUAUUAAGGGAAAGAAAAAAUAUGCAUACGAAAAUCUGUUGAAAGACAUGAUUGAAAAAGGCUUCACGCAUUCAACUACAAGUUUGCCCGCUGUGGUAGGCAAAAUGCGAAAGUUACUCUAUGCUUACGAAUCAGCAAAAAAUGAUCCAAAAAAAGCAGAAACAAAAGAAAGUAUUAAUAAUUUGUACUUUAAAGAAAUGGAUGCGAUUUUCGGAGAUCAACCAAGAAUGAACAAGUCAACUGAAGGUGAUUCUUUUGUGGCAGUUUAUAAGAAAAAACAAGUGUCACCGAAAAUAAAUUUUAAAACCCGCUCCACCACUAAAACAUCCCACCAGACUAAUUCAAUAGAUAAGGAUGAACCUGACACCUCUUCGCAAUUCCAACCAUCUCAGCAUUCCGAGAAUAUGGACGAAGGAACACCGCAUACUCCAAUAGUUCACCGGUCAACACGGAAAACCACCGAUGAGGAUGAAUCUCACAUCCAAUCACAGCAUUCCCUAAAUAUGGACGAAGGAACACCGCUGAAACCAACAAUUCAUGGGUCACGACGGAAAGCCACCGAUGGUGAUGAUACUCACACCCUAUUACAGCAUUCCGAGAAUAUAGAUGAAGGAACAUUGCUGACUCCAAUAAUUCACGGGUCACCACAAAAAACCUCCGAUGAGGAUGAAUUUUUGGAAGAACAACAACUGCACAUGCAAUUGUGCCCAAAAGAAGAAACAACAAAAACAGAAACGAAAGGAAAAUGUUGGUCGAGAGAAGAGACCCUUGGGCUUCUAAAGUGUUACUCUGCUCGAAAAGACGAUUUUAAUAUUAAGGGAAAGAAAAAAUAUGCAUACGAAAAUCUGUUGAAAGACAUGAUUGAAAAAGGCUUCACGCAUUCAACUACAAGUUUGCCCGCUGUGGUAGGCAAAAUGCGAAAGUUACUCUAUGCUUACGAAUCAGCAAAAAAUGAUCCAAAAAAAGCAGAAACAAUAGAAAGUAUUAAUAAUUUGUACUUUAAAGAAAUGGAUGCGAUUUUCGGAGAUCUACCAAGAAUGAACAACUCAACUGAAGGUGAUUUUGUGGCAGUUUUUAAGAAAAAACCAUUUUCACCGAAAAUCAAUUUUAAAACCCGCUCCAGUACCACUAAAACAUCCCACCAGACUAAUUCAACAGAUAAGGAUGAACCUGACACCUCAUCGCAAUCCAAACCAUCGCAGCAUUCUAAGAAUAUGGACGAAGGAACACCGUUGACUGCAAUGAUUCUCGGGUCACCACGGAAAACCACCGAUGAGGAUGAAUCUCACACCCUAUCACAUCAUUUCGAGAAUAGGGAUGAAGGAACACCGCAGACUACAAUAAUUCACGGGUCACCACAAAAAACCACCGACGAGGAUGAACUUCACUCCUCAUCGCAGCAUUCGGAGAAUAUAGACGAAGAAACACCGCUGACUCUAAUAAGUCACGAGUCAGCUCCGAAAACUAACAAUCAUAGUUUGUUGGGCAAACGGAAAGCGGCUGAAGAAAUGUAUUUCGCGAAAAAACUGAAACUAAAAAGGGAAGAAAUACGCGACAGAAAAUUAGCCAGAGAAGCCAAUCACAACCAGAGGGAGAAAUUCAUGCGAACUUAUUUGGAUGGCUUGCAAAACAAAUGGAAAAAAGAUCAAGAGUUGGAAAUGAGGAAGUUGGAACUUUUGGAGAAACUAAUUAAUAAAAAAUAAAGAAUAAAUAAAAGAUUGUUUGUAUUUUCAAAAAAAAAA